GCUAAAUAUUCUACAAGUUAUUGAUACAUUAUCUUAGUGUGCUUCAUUGAGAAACAUGGUUUGGAGAGAAACAGAAUAGGCUCGAGUGCAACUACUAUCUUACAGAACCAUGUCUGCAGUGCUCAGCAACACAUGCCAGCAAACAAAAGAAAGUUCAAAAAGAAAUGAAAUUGCACGUCGGCGAUGGAAGAUACUUGCACGUGCCCUUCAAAGAAGUAGUGAGGGCGAGACAAAUGAAGAUGAAGAUGUAUCUGUUCGACGCUUCACCUCAUUUCAUCUUUUCGCAAUGAAAUUGUUACCAUCUUAUAAUAAUUCCACUAGCUCUGUGGCAUCAUGGUCAGAGUACUCUGUAGUCGUUGCACGUGAAAAAUAUUCCAUAUUUAUUCGCCACCCCUUUCCAAAUUUCACAGCCACAGAACUGAUGGGAUUCAAUAAUACAGGAAAUAUUUGUAUUUGGCCUUCAGAAGAAGUACUAGCAUUCUACGCACUGUGUAACUUACAACAGUUUGCUGGGAAAACAAUUCUUGAACUAGGGGGUGGCAGCACUUGUCUUGCUGGUCUUUUCCUUGCUAAAUAUUCAUCAGCUUUCAAGAUACAUCUUACUGAUGGAAAUGAAUCUGCCAUGAAAAAUGUUCAGUAUAUUGUUGAUCGUAACUUUCCACAGGGAAAUGACAGACUUGUAUGUUCUGUAUUAGAAUGGGGAAGCUUUUGGAGGCUAGCUGUUAAUCAGCAUAUUAAGCCUUAUGACAUAAUACUGUCUGCUGAUUGUUUGUUCUUUGAUGAAGCAAGAAAUGAUUUAGUAGAGACUAUAUGGACAGUCUUGAGUGAAAAUGGGACAGCUUUUGUAAUGGCACCGCAGAGGGGUGAUACAUUUGACAAGUUUAGACAAGAGGCAAAGGCAAGGGGGUUUAUAUGUUCAAGCAAAAAGCAUUACAGUGAUCAUGUUUGGAACAGACACUUACAGGUCAAACAAAACUGUGAUUAUGAUGAAAAUAUCCAUUAUCCACUGCUACUUAUUUUGAAAAAGUCUAUGCCAGCAGAAAUUGGAGACCAAUUCAACCUCUAGGGAUUAUAUCUUGCCUUUACAGAAAUUAAUGAAAUGUAUUAAAAAGUUACAAAAUUUCAGAAGUAAUUAUAUUUGAUCAUUUUACUGAACUAUGGUGCCAUAAUGAAACUUUGAAAGAGAUAUCAGUAUUUUCACAUUGUUGUUUUGUAAAUGAUGAAAGUUAAUCUAGUCAUACUACAAUUGAGUAGAAUUGAUGUCAAGUAUACUGUUGUAAAUUUAUUGGAGUGUUUGGAAUUUUAUAUCCAAGGAUCAGAAACGUUUGUGCCAUUGUGUAAAAGACUGAAAAAAUUUGUGAACUUAGUUUUAUUAUUUUAUUGAGGAUUAUUUAUUUGAAACAGAGCACUUUAUAAUAUUUGCAAAUCAACUGGUACGAUGAUUCACAAAUUUUCAGUAACUUAAAGCGUACAAAAGAGGACUUUUGAGUACUGUAUAUCUUUGUGUUCCUGUUGUGUACGUAUACUUUUUUAUGUAACAGGUGGAAUGUUUGAUUCUGAUGAUUGUAUUGAGUGUGUCAUUCCUAUCCAGUGAGCAAAUUGCCUGUCUUUUUGACAUAUGUAAUAACACUUACCGCUCUUUCAUUCCUAUUCUUUCCAUUGUGCGGGAUGGGCUCGAAUGAUUGUAUGAAUACUUGCCGUAAAUUAUAGAUUCUGUGUCAAGUUGUGAAAGAUAUUACUUGACAGUCACAUCCAGUACAUACUUAACUAUUUUGAAAAAGCUUUAAGUAUCUGUACUUCUGUAGCCUAGAUGUAAUAGACAGAUGGUGUCUUGCAACUGCAGUGAUUUUUUUCAUUAUUUCCUUGUUCUUACCUGCCAGUGCACACCGUAUUUUAUGUUGUAACUCUAUUUUAAGAUGAAUAUAUGAAAUAGUGUGUGUUUUAAACUGUAUCAGUGAGAAACCAUUCAGUACCUAUGUCACUGCAGUUGCUAGAUGCAUCUUUCUUUUAUGUUUCAGUUAUUUCCUAACAUUCCUCUUUUUACCUUUUCUACAUAUCUAUUUUUUAUUGUUUUAAUGUAAUGAAGAAAAUUUAAUGUAGUGUUGGAAGUUUACACCUGGAUGCAAUUUCAAAAUUCUUGUUCAUAAAAAUAUUUGAAAAUGUUGUUAACCUGGAGGCUAGAAAAUGGAGAGUGUAUGGCAUGAGGAAACUUACUCAUAGAUGUUCACAAGGACAGUCUCUCUAAUGAAACAGGUUAAACACAGGCAUUUUGAAGCACGAGUGCUGUACUGACUGAUAGGAUUGGUCGGAAUAUUGUUGGUACCAGUCUUUACACACACACACACACACACACACACACACACACACACACACACACACACACACACAUGUAUUUUGAUUUCUGUAUGGUAUUAAUGCACUCUUCAUUGUUCUGGACCAUCAGGUUUUUUCUGUAUCCCAUCCAGUUAGUUUUCAUUUACUUCCUUCCAGAAAUCACAAAAUAUCUUUUACUUGAAAAUUAUGUUUGUUCAGUGAUUUCCUUUCAUUCUCCUUGAGAAAUGUCAGAGGUAUUAGUACAGCAUUGUGGAUGUUACAGUGGUAAACAUUUCUGUGUAUUGCAUAAAAAAUUGUUAAAAUAUAUUGACUAGUCAUUAUAUGUAGUAGUUUGUGUGUGCUUUAAGCAAUGUACAAACAAAAAUUGAAGUUUAUCAUUAACAAUUCUUAAAAGGAAUUGAUUUCAUUUUGUAACAGAAAAUUAGCCUAAGCUAUUUAAUGGUGGUGAUAUGCAAUUAAUACAUUUCAUAAGGCAUUCUUAUCUGUUUUUACAGAUUGAUACUUAUAUCACCGCACUCUGUGAAUAGUUUGUAAUUCUCAGGGAUGCCAUUUUAGAAUGUUAUAGACAGAUAAAUGUAGAAAAUGGGAAGAGUUUUUCUAUUGGUAUGAAAUAGCCAUUAUGUGCAUAACAAGAAUUAGUGGCUGUUCAUGAGGAUUGACUGAAGUUAUGAAUCUCAGAAUAAUGCUUUCUCGGUGCAAAAAUAUUUUAUAUCUUUGACAGCUAUUUGAGAGAGACACAGUGUAUUUUAAACUCUGACCAUUGUGGUACACACACUUGAUGUUUUAUAUAAACUGAGCCAUGUUGCACUUUAUUGGCAAGUAAUGUGGCUAUUUUGAGUGAUUAUGGAGUACUAUGGUAGUUAAUACUCUCCUCCUAGUCAGUAAAACUAAUAAGAUUUACAUCUUUGUGAAUAAAAAGGAAGCUAUUUUUAAACAACACUAUUUUGAAGAAAAUAGUGAUAGUAACAUGUAGUUCAUGUUUCUCAUUGUUCAGUACAGUUUAACAGUUGUGAGAAACUAUAUACAUUAGCGUAGCAGGGUGCUUUAGAAGCCAAAGCGAUUUUGGCUUUUGGAGAUAAUGUGCACAAUAUUAUUUUAAAAUACUUGUAUGUAACUAGGUUUCUUUUUAUAAUUGGUGCCAUAAGACUCUCACUUGCUUCCUUGUUGUAUGUUGUUUUAUCAUAUUACUCCUACAUAUGGCUUUGGUGUUAACUUUAACGUAUUGAGCAGAAUGCUUUACUGCCGUAAGGUGACUGAAGUAUGGAAUAUUGUGUAUAACCUUGUGCCAGCAGUGUGUCAUUCACUGUUAAUCAUCUUUGGUACAUACAUUUUUUCUGGCACAGUAAAGAAAUCUGUGUUAAAGGUAUAUAUUAUCUACACUAGAGAUGUGACCACAUUGCCUUCUGGUUAUUAUUUAUUUUGUUUCUUGCCAACUAAGAUACUUACAAAUAAUUUUUUAAUGUAUGUAACUACAUUUUUAUUUUGUUUUGUUUGUACAGUGCUUGAGAAAAUGUUCGAAGUCUUUGUGUUCCUAAACACAUCAUAAGUGAUGUGUGUUAAAGUAACAAGUCAGUAUUAGUGAUACCUUUCCCUUUAUACCUGUCACAUAAUAUUUAAUGUUCUUUGUGAAUGUUCUUCCGCUGGAAAGGGGAGUAUUUGAUUUAGUUCUUACCUAGAAAAUUAACUUCAGAAUUUUCCAUUUGAUAGUGUUUCUUUGGGAUUGAACUUUUGGUACAGUGCCAUACUGAUUUAAGCUAAAAUAUGUAGUAUAGUCCUUUCUCAACUUAACGUGCCUGUGAUAAAAAUUCUUAAUACCUUAAAUUAGUGUAGUGCUCUUUGGAUGACCUCAUACUUUCGCCAUUGUCUGUCAUAUUGAAAUCCAAAAUAAACUGACAUUAAGAGAUUAUUUAACUUUCAUAACAGGAAUUAGGAAUAUCCUUCUGUUGACUCUGAGGGGCCUGUGCCCUCCAGAGAAGGCAUCCAAUAAAAAUAUCAGUUGCAAUGAAGGAAUGAUCCCUGUGUUGAAUGAUUACAAAUUAUUACAGUUUCUUGAAAGAUGCCAUGUGCACUGGUGUUGCUACUCUCAUGUUUAUCUUUAAUGAAAAUUGCUUGUCACACAGGCCCAAGUCUUGUUCUGUUUUAAGAGAAAAGGUAAUGACGUAUCUUUUUGGGAUAUACAGCUUAGUUGUUCUUUCCAACAAAAGCAGCAUUGCUCACUCUCAAAAAGAGUCUGAAUACUCUAUACAAAAACAUUGUCAGUACUGCUAUUCAAGCACACAACAGCCAUCUUUCAGACAAUAAAAGACAUUUACAGUAUUCUUUACAAAUUUCAUGCUCUAUAAAUUGUAGAAAAGUUGUCUUUUGUGUGCACAAAUCAAGUACUCCACAUACAUUGUUCUAAAACAAUUGUAUAAUGUUCUUAUUAAUUUUUCUUGACAAUCCUGGAAUUUCCAUUUUUAAGUUCUCUUUAUUGAUAUACAUACUGCAAAAUUAUAUAUCCACACUAGUCACCAUGUAUCUGUAUAUUCAUAAUGUGAGGAUUCAAAUAAUAGUAUUACUUAUCGUAAUUUUCAGUAAACUGUCUUUGCUGAAGUUGAGAGAACAUUCAUUCCGAAAUGCAAUAAAUAGUGCUAGGAAGUCUGUGAUUUUUCAGAACAGUGAUCUUCCUUCAGCCCAAAACACACACAAAAACUUAAAUUUUCACUGGGUAUUUAUAGUUGCUCAGUUCCCGUGUUUCUAAAUUACACAACUAAUUACUAUUCAUACAUUCCAUUACAUUAAAUCACUGAAAUAUGUUGCAUGAAAUUACCCACUUCACAAGUUUUGAUUUUUUUUUUUACAUUAUCUAAGGAAUUGAAUAUGUGCUGUGCAAGCCUUAAUAUUUCCAUUUAGCUAUUUUUUUACUUGAUUGUUAUUUCAUAUUUAGAUGAGUGUGGCAUAUCUAUUGGAACUUAGAGUGGCUAGAUUUUUUUCCUUGUAGUAAUUGGUGCAAACUAGGCAGAAGCAGCCAAUACUUAGUUAAUCAACUUGGCCAUAAGAUUAUUCCUUUGAUGACUAUCAAAGUGUCGCCAACCCCCCCC